AGUCUCUUUAGCCCCCCACUGCUUCAUUUCACCGCCCCCGUCUCUCUCUUUCUCUCUCCGUUUCCGUUUUCAUCUCCAUCGUCUCGCCGGUGGUCUGGUCUUUGGACUCUCUUCUCCUUCGCCGGUUGUUCAUCUCUUCCGAGCUUUUAAUUGAUCAUCGUCUUCACCGUUUCCGUCGUGAUAUUUGGUUUCUCGUGGAGUCUUCGACAUUCUUCAUUAUUCUCUGCUGGUGUUGCUCCCACGAUUUAGCAGGUUAAUUGAUGAAAAGCAACCAUGGAUGACCUUCAUGGAAGCAAUGCUCGAAUGCACAUUGGAGAAGCUCAAGAUUCAAUGCAUGUGCAGUAUGAACAUCAUGCGUUGCACCACAUCCACAAUGGAAGCGGUAUGGUUGAUGACCAUGCUGAUGGUGGAAAUGCUGGUGGGAUGAGUGAGGGAGUGGAAACAGACAUUCCUUCUCACCCUGGAAAUAUAACAGACAAUCGUGGUGAAGUAGUUGACCGUGGUAGUGAACAAGGAGAUCAAUUGACAUUGUCUUUUCAGGGCCAAGUCUACGUUUUUGACAGUGUGUUGCCUGAAAAGGUUCAAGCUGUGCUUCUAUUAUUGGGUGGACGAGAAUUACCUCAGGCAACCCCUACUGGCCUUGGAUCAUCUCAUCAUAACAAUAGGGCAUUGGGUUUACCUGGUACUCCUCAAAGGUUUAGUAUUCCACAGCGGUUAGCUUCUUUGGUUAGAUUUCGAGAGAAACGAAAAGGUAGGAAUUUUGAUAAGAAGAUUCGGUAUACAGUCCGCAAGGAGGUUGCUUUGAGGAUGCAACGCAAUAAAGGACAGUUCACAUCUGCCAAGUCGGUCAAUGAUGAAGCUGCAUCUGCUGGAUCCAGCUGGGGGUCGAAUCAAACCUGGGCUAUAGAAGGUAGCGAGGCACAGAAUCAAGAGAUCUCAUGCCGGCACUGUGGAAUCAGCGAGAAGUCAACUCCAAUGAUGCGGCGUGGACCUGAAGGGCCUAGGACACUUUGCAAUGCAUGUGGACUUAUGUGGGCAAACAAGGGUGCACUUAGGGACUUAUCCAAAGGCGCUCCUCCUCAAACACCCCAAAAUGUUCCUUUAAGUAAGAAUGAGGAUGCAAAUCUUGAGGCUGAUCAGAUGAUGAUAUCAGUGGCCAAUAACAUAAGCAACUCACAGUGAGAAUACAUUGGCUCUUGCCAUUACAAGCAAAAGAAGAUCUCAAACAGAGUUUGAAUCACCUCAGGAGCCGUAGCUUUAUUAUUCCCUUUGAAAGAAUCUGAGUCGAUUUAGGUUAUCCGGAUUUGAUCCGUCACUAUGUAAACUGGCUUAUAUUGCAUUGCCAUGAUCGAUUAUCUUAUGUUAUUGAAAUGCUGCAUAGGCCGCUGUUGUAUUGGUCCAUACACUGUCUGAACUCUGAUGUAAUUUUAAAGACUCUUUUUUUUUUCUUUUAUGAGACAGCUAACAUUACUUAAGAUCUCA